ACCAUGAAGCGCUGCACCGCGCGAGGUUCUUGACGGGAUAAGAAAUGUAACCAAUAUAAAAGUAGCGAUACUUUGUAGCCUACCAGUGCAUAACACUGUAUGCUUGCGUCUCACAUUGAGCCGUCAAGAGGAGUAUAGCCUAGAACCAGAGCUUCGCGGGGCACUGCGCUACAACAAGGUUACUGAAGUACAGCCAAAGAGAAGAAAAUCGGAGAAAUAUGCACAUGAUGGACCGCCCGGACUGUGGCAACUGAUGCACGUUGCUCCAGUUUAGUGAUGCCAUCGAUGUCCAACGUCGUGGUAAGCCUUUCCAAGUGAAGGGACAGAGCGCAUAUCAUUUCAUUGGCAGCUAAUGUCCACAGUAGCCUAUUCACAGUCAAGUCUUGCCCUUUGCAGUGAAAUUCCGGUGGUAAAUUGGGAAGCAUCCGUAUCCGGACACAGGAGAGGAAGGAUUUCAGCGCCACUAUUCUAAAACAUAAAGGAGCCCAUAUUAGAGCUGGAUCAAUACAUCUCAUUAAUAUUUUACAACGACAUGAGAAAGAACACAUCUCCUGCCUAAUAAGAUGUAUCCACACCAUCGAGAAAGGGAGCAGCCAAUCUUCAGCGCCAGGGCCCAUGUGUUCCAGAUCGACCCGAACACCAAGAGGAACUGGAUCCCUGCCAGUAAGCAUGCCGUCACCGUCUCCUUCUUCUACGACGGCAACAGGAACGUGUACCGCAUCAUCAGCGUGGGCGGUACCAAGGCCAUUAUCAACUGCACCAUUACACCCAGCAUGACGUUCACCAGGACCUCGCAGAAGUUUGGCCAAUGGGCGGACAGCAGGGCCAACACGGUCUACGGCCUGGGCUUUGCUACAGAGCAGCAGCUGCAUCAGUUUUCUGAGCGGUUUAAGGAGGUCAAAGAGGCUGCCCGUCUUGCACGCGAAAAGUCCCAGGAUAAGAUGGAGUUGGCCAACACAGCCCUCAGCAUUGCUGCCCCACAGUUCUCACAGGACCUCAGCGAUGAGCUCCAGUCGCCGCCGGUGAUGUGUGUGAACGGUCCUGAGGACAAGAUGUUCCGGAGCCAAAGCGCAGACAUCACACUGUCUUCUGAGAAGGAGCGCAUUAAAAAGAUGCUUUCUGAAGGGUCUAUCUGCGAGAUGAACCUGGAGGCAGAGCUCUUCACCCUGCAGGACAGUAACUCCAAGCUGGUGGCGGCGCUACAUGAAGCGAACAAUAACGUGGAGCAGUGGAAGAAGCAGCUAGUUGCCUACCAGGAUGAGACCGAGAGGCUACGAGACCAGGUGGCUGAUCUGGAGGCACAUGGCGGACACGGCCCUAGUGACACGCUCAAAGACGAGUUGACUCGUUCUCUGGAGGAACUGGAGGCCCUGCUCAAGGCUAAAGAUGAGGAAAUCCACAUUCUGCAGAACAAGAAAGAAGAAUACCAUGAGAUGGAGCAGGAGAGAGAAGAGGCCAUACACCGAUUACAGGAGAUGGAGAUGCGUAACCUGGAGCUGGAGCGGCGGGUGCAGAACGUGGAGCAGAACCUGUCCGCCUCCCUGGAGGAGCGGGACCGCACGGAGAGUGAAGUGCAGAGGGCCAUCGAGAUCCUGGACGUCAAGAUCUUUGACCUGAACGACCUUCGGCAGAGCCUGGUCAAGCUCAUUGACAAAUAGUGUGAAAGAGAAGAGGAUGGGUCUCUUAGGGAUGGCCAAAUGCAAAGAGAGGAAUUUGGAAAAGAGAACGAGCUGGUCCUCUCUUGCUGUAAAGCACAACACCACUUCUGCUGUGGGAAGAUGGCUGCUCUGGGUCCUUACAGCAGCAGCAGCAGCACUGUACAGCUUGUUAAGCGUAGGUUGUGGUGUUACCUAGGCAGUGUGUCUGCUAUGUCCGAUGUUGUGCUGUAAUUCAUGUUGCUGUCUUAACAUUCAAGGCAAUAAUCUAAAUGCUAGACUGUUCAUUUGAGAUUAGGAAUAUUGUCAUGAGAACAAUAAGGAGAUCAUUAGGUGCUUGUAGAUAUAGUUUUCAUACUUUUGAAAUCAACUGAUUUUAUACAAAAUUGGGAAUGUAAUGCGAUAAUGAGCAACGUGGAUGAUCUGUUAAUUCUCCAGUGAGAUGAGAUAAAAAAUGGUUUUGAGAGAUCUUUCAGUGCAACCAAACUAUGUAUUUGGAAAGAAGCAGUAUG